UUCUCCUUUUCGCUGCCAUCUUGGUGUGUGGUUGACUGUUCCUCGCCAUGUCUUCUCACAAGACUUUCAGAAUCAAGAGAUUCCUGGCCAAGAAACAAAAGCAGAAUCGUCCCAUUCCCCAGUGGAUUCAGAUGAAAACUGGUAAUAAAAUCAGGUACAACUCCAAGAGGCGUCACUGGAGAAGAACCAAGCUGGGUCUGUAAGGCAUCACACUUCAUGAGAUGGCACCCAUAUUCAAGCUGCAUGAAGAUCACGUUCCUAUCCUUUUUCUUUUCCCCCACAUGUUCCUGUUUUCACUCUGUUAACAUCCCUCCUACCUGGCCAAUAGAUAUGUUUUACCAGGGAAAUUAUUUUUCUCUGUUACUAUGCCUUUACCCCAGUAAGUUGGUUCAGUAAUAAAUGUGAGACUUUCAGCUGAA